AUGUGUUUAUCGAUUCCAAUCAUUCUGUCGCUUCUGAUAGUAUCAUUGAGUCCUGCGGCAGCCAAAGUACAUCAGAAGAGUUGUGUGAUCAAGAGUGGUGGAACUAAUGUGACCAAUGAUGCCCCGGCAAUUCUGAGGGCAUUCAGAAAGUGUGGCCACAAUGGAAGAAUCGUGUUUGAACCCACCACGUACUAUGUCAACUCGGUCAUGAACAUUUCCUGGCUCGAAAAUGUUGACAUUGACAUCCACGGAACGCUUCUGUGGAGCACUGACCUCCCAUACUGGCUGGACAAUUCGAUGGAUGUCGGAUAUCAGAAUCAAUCAACAGCUCUGGUAAUCGGCGGUAAUAAUGUUCGCAUCAACGGAUAUGAUAAAGGCACGUUUGACGGUAACGGUGACUACUGGUAUCAGUGGAUCAGAGACCAACCAAACACAUCCAACUACCCUGGCCGGCCGCACGCUGUGACAUUUGACAACCUUACAAACUCUGUCAUUCGUGGGCUCACCUUCCUGAGGAGCCAAAUGUGGACUAUGUCAAUAAUUAACUCUCACAACGUGUUGUUGGACAGUAUUCUUGUCAAUAACACAGGAAACUGGGCACAAAGCUCCAACACCGAUGGAGCGGAUACCAUCCGGUCUUCUCAUAUCACAUUCAAUAACUGGACCGUCUACAAUGGUGACGACAGCCUUUCCAUGAAGGCUAACAGCACCGAUAUAACUAUCACAAACAGCAAGUUCCACAAUGGUCUAGGUAUUGCGAUGGGGAGUAUUGGGCAGUACAAGGAUCAAUUCGAAACGAUUGAGCGGAUUACGGUCAAGAACGUCGAGUAUGACAACACAUUACAUGCUUUCUACAUCAAAACCUGGACUGCCGACCAGAAUGGCUACCCACCAAACGGAGGCGGCGGUGGACUCGGGUUCGCGUCUGGAAUGAAGCUCACAAACCUAACUACAACAGGGCUUCGCGGGGCUGCAUUCGCGAUCUCUCAGUGCACUCGAUUCUCAGGUGCACCGGGUGAGGGGAACUGCACGAAUUCGGAAUUUCAGGUCCGAAAUAUAAAGAUCGAUGGGCUGUCCGGUACCAGCGAGUCGACAAGGCUGGCGAGUCUCCAGUGUAGUGCGGUCGCGCCGUGUACCAACAUCACCAUUGUUGACAGUACCCUACACCUCGACAACGGCACAGUCGCGAGUGGGUACUUGUGUGGGAAUGUCGCAAAUCCGAUAGGGUUCAACUGUACUGGGGUGCCUUGUGUGGGUGGAAGCUCCACUGGGGAGUGCUGA